CACCAGGAUGAUGCUCGAAGACAGGGUGUGAAUGCUCCAUUACAAGUAGAUAAUAUUGUUUGUAGAAAUUUAGCAAGCAAAGAAGAAGCAACUUCAUCAGGACAAAAUGAUUACGAAGUGGGACAGACGGAAGUUCCUUCUGAAGGAGGAAGACAAGCUUCUCCUGCCGUAGGGGAAAAUACAUGGGGAAUGGAAUAUCCUAAUGUAAGACAAGACCUUCAAAAAACGGCAGAACAGGAAACACCCCUAUUCGGAGAGAAGACAAAUUAUGUUGUAGAUGCUGAUUUAUGCGUUUAUGCCAUCUUUAGAACUUUCUAUGAUAAUGCAUUUAAUGAUAAUAAGAAAAAAAAGAAAGGAAAAAAAGAAAUAGAAGAAGAAAAAAAGAAGGAAGAGGCACUUCUGAAAGAGAAGGAAAAAAGUCAGAAGAAAUUAAAUAACUGGAACCAAAAAGUCUACCGUGGUCCACUCGCUGCCUUAGAGAAAUAUGAAGAUGAACUGGAAGAAGAACGUAAAAGAUCCUUAAGAUAUGACAAGGAAGAACGGAAAAGGAAAAUGAAAGGAAAGGGAAAAGGGUACAGUCCAAUCUAUACAAAUGGAGCUCAUUGUGAUGAUAUAGAUGCGUAUAUGGCGAAAAAUAUGAAUGGGAAGAACGUAGAAAUAGAAGAUUGGGAAUUACGUAAGUUAAAACGGGCAGGAUAUGAUGUAAGUGAUUACGGAAAACAUAUACCAAAAGAUAAUACAAGAUCUUCAGGACAGGAUGAAGAAGAACAUAUAUAUGAUGAAGAAGGAAUGAAUGAAUUGUUAUUUGGGGAAUUUAAAAAAUGGGAAGAUUCCGGAGCGCAUACCAUCCCUUCUUCUCACUAUGAAGUAUUAUGUUUUGAGGAUAGAUUGAACGAUUAUGAAAUAAAUAAAGAAUUAAAUGAAAUGGAAGAAAUGCCUAAAAAAUGCGAAUUAGUUUCUCUUUACUGGCAAUCAUUCAUGAAUGAAAAGCGCAAAUAUAUUAAUGCUAAUAAACGUCUGUUCAAAAAGUUUCUAGAAUUAAAAAAAAAACAAAAUUUCGAAACUAUAGCAAAAUAUAACAAUAAAUGGAAAAAAUGUAGUAAAAUAGUUGGUACUAACUUUAAAGAACAGCGCGAAUAUGUUAAUGAUAUAUUUUAUACACAUAUGACAAAGGAAAAUUUGAGCAAAGAUGAAUUUAAAGAGAUUUUGGGUCACGUUAGGGAUUCAUGGAAAGAGGUGACCCUUAAGGUGACGAAAGAAUGUGCAGCUAUUUUGGAAAAGCCAAUUGUCCCGGAUGUCAAAAUCCUUGAUUAUAACCCUUAUUCUGGGGAAUCAUAUUUUAAAGUUUCACGUAUGAGCAGCCCCCAAGUGAGUUCCUAA